AUGACUCGUUCGAAUGUCGGCGAUUCAAUUAAGGAAGUGGCCGGAAUUCAUCGCCAGACGUUGACUGAACGGCGAAACAGCCAACAUCGCAUCGGCGCUCGAUCGGUCAAAAUUCGACCAAAGAGGGCGCAAUACGUGGCCAACGCCUGUGAUACAUGUCGAGGACGCAGAGUCCGCUGCACCGGGCAGAAGCCCUGCGAGCGAUGCUCAAAGUUCGGUAUUCAUUGCGACUAUGGAGAUGGAAGUGCAUCUGCUUCAGUCACUGAAGUUAUUGAGACUACCAGUGAAAUUCAAAGGCUCAAGGACAGCGUAGCUGCUAUGCAAGGCAAGCUUAACUUGAUGUUCUUAAGCCUUGAAUCUAUUCAGAAGCAGACAAGUGUUCGACCGGAAUCUCAUAUCAAUGCAAACCUCGAGACCGAUAUGAUGAUACAUUCGCCGUCCUGGAAUUUCCCUUUACGCUCAGCCACGAUACCGUCCUCGAUAACAACAGCACAUGGUGCUCGCCGAAUAUCUCCAUCCCUAUCAUUUAAGGGAUUUAGAAGCUCUGAUACGAAUUUACAAUUGGUGCAGCGUUACCUUGAGGCGGUUCGGUUGUGUGAUCUCUACGAACGUGAAAUAGGAACGAUCUAUCCUAUAGUCGAGAUGAGAGAAGUGAAAGACAAUCUUGGUUCGCUGUAUAGUGCUUAUGAAGCUAUGAAGUAUUCGCCGGGGUCACAUAAGCCUGGUGUGCAAGUGCCAGAGAACAUGGUUGAUAGCGACGUUCAGACGUUGAAACUCAUUUUAGCGAUAACACUGCUAGCGGAGGGUGGCGGUCGACUACAAUGGCAGAAGCGAUGUGUCAAGAGGUUCAACAGCAGCUGGUUUUCCCAAUGGGACGGUUAG